CAAGUCCGUACGUACUUUUGACUUCUAACUUCUAAUAAUUUCGACCUCUUUUCUUUCCAACAUUUCUUCUCUAAAUAUUCUUAUUAUUAUCCACGAGAAAGGAGCUUGAACACAAGACCUUCUCUCCUUGGCAAACGAAUGUCUUUAAAUCCUUUUGGACUGCCCCAUCCGUCCGAAGAAACUCGCUUUAUCACUUGUAAUAAUUAGAAGUGGAGGCAUCCCAAGAUCUUGGCAUCUUGGACUGGAAAAAUAACCAACCUUCCACGCAGUAUUCGUCACGAUUCAUUCGACACUCUUCCUAAUCUUUCCUGCACUUCGAAAAUAAAAUCUUGUCUUGAGAGAAACAUCCGCGAAACCUAGCCGCACGAAUCUACGUGCCUUACGAUCAUUACAAAGGGUGGAGGAUAACGAACUAAAAUAGAAGAGGUUGGGAGCGGCGACUGGGCGCGACCAGAAUUCGAAUGCUGCGACAUCACGCAAUUCUUUUGAGGGAAUCAACUGAUUGGGGUAUAACGAGGAGAGGCAACCCAACGGAUUGAGCCUGCCCAUCUCGACUCCUCCGUUUGCGAUAGGAACCUCACGAAUACAAUAUCGAUAUCGAUAAGCAAUCGACUGCGAUUGCUCUAAUACCUAUUCUGUACAGAUCGACACCCGUUUUAAGACAGCCAAGAUGGCGUGGGAUCACCUUUCCGUCAAUAAACCUCACUUGGUUUAUAUAAUUUUGGGUGGCUUCACCUCAUUAUUUAUGCUGUGUUCCUCCUUCAUCAAGGAGCGCAUGUAUAUCGGUGAAGCCACUGUUGCCACCAUUUGUGGUAUCAUCUUUGGACCACAUGCCGCCAAUUUGAUCAAUCCUGACACCUGGGGUAACACCGAUCAGAUCACGUUAGAAUUCUCGCGUAUUGUUCUCGUGGUUCAAUGUUUUGCCGUCGGGGUCGAAUUGCCCAGGCAUUAUAUGGAGAAGCAUUGGAGGAGUGUUGUCUUUCUGUUGUUACCUGUAAUGACAUUUGGAUGGUUGAUCACAAGUCUUUUCAUUUGGUGGUUAAUCCCUCCGCUUAGCUGGCUGCAGGGACUUUGUGUCGCAGCAUGUGUGACCGCGACAGAUCCUGUACUCGCCAGUUCCGUGGUUGGAAAGGGAAAAUUUGCAAAGCGAGUACCGAAACAUUUGAGAGAUCUUCUAUCUGCCGAGUCAGGGUGCAAUGAUGGGAUGGCAUUCCCGUUUAUCUACCUUUCUUUAUAUUUGAUACGAUUCCACCUCAAUGCGAAAGAAGUUACGUUUGACUUUGUUGUUAUAACUGUUCUUUACGAGUGCGUGUUUGGUGCAAUCUAUGGUUUCGCUGUCGGUUACAUUGGAAGGCACGGAAUCAAAUAUGCGGAAAGAAAUGAUUUAGUCGACCGUGAAAGUUUUCUCGUCUUCUACUUCGUUCUUGCCCUAUUUUGCGCCGGCUCAGGGAGCAUUCUUGGAGUUGAUGAUCUUCUCGUUGGCUUCGCUGCUGGCGUUGGCUUUUCAAAUGACGGUUGGUUUACUCAAAAAACAGAGGAAUCUCAUGUUUCCAACGUCAUAGAUCUACUCAUCAACUUGGCAUAUUUUGUCUACCUUGGUACAAUUAUUCCUUGGGAACAAUAUAAUGACGUGGAAAUUGGAACUACGCCAUGGCGGCUCGCGGUCAUCGCAAUUUUGGUCAUUUUCUUCAGGCGCAUACCGAUCAUGAUGGCACUGAAACCUCUGAUACCCGACAUUAAAACUUGGCGAGAAGCUUUAUUUGCUGGUCACUUUGGUCCCAUUGGCGUGGGUGCUAUCUUUGUAGCUAUUCUUGCAAGGGCCGAGCUUGAGACUGAAGGUACAACACCCUUGGCCGAUUAUCCCGAUCGAAAUGCGCCAAACUGGCAAUUGGUAACGGUGAUUUGGCCAAUCGUAACGUUUCUCGUCAUUUCCUCUAUUAUCGUACAUGGUUCAUCCAUCGCGGUUUUUACUCUUGGAAAACAUAUCAAUACCUUGACACUCACAAUGUCCUACACCCAAGCUGGAGAUGAUGGGCCUACUUGGAUGAAUCGCCUUCCUCGUAUCUCAUCAAUAUCAAGAUCUCAAGCCAAGACAGCUGGAUCUGAAACUGAUGGCGAAGACUUGACAAUGGAUGAGAUACCUCCCGGCACCCUGCCACCUCCUGGAGGGAUACCUGGAGGAUUCUUGCGCCGUCAAAGGGAAGAGGAUAAUCCAAGUCGAGCCAGCAGUCGUCCAUCUUCAUUGAUUCCUCGACGCAGAAAGAAGAAGUGGGACGAUGGAGUAGGUCCCGGCGGUCCCAUCAGCGAGUCAGCCAUUUAUCCCGCCCGACGAAGUCGCGAUUACUCGAACGAACAAGCAUCAGAUACUUUGACGCCCGGAGGGUCUUCGCCCGACAAUGAGAAAGCAAACAUAGAUGACGAGUCCAAUGAAGGUGAGCUUGGAGAAGUACAACAUGAUCCCGAAAUGGAGGAAAUUAUGCACCAUGGCGAGAAGGGCGAGCGACGUGAUGAGCACAUGUCAAAUGCUCAACGCCACCCUAACAAGGCGGAAGUUUAUGACGAGGGUGACCAUAUCAUAAUUGAGAAUGAAGACGGUGACGUGAUCAAAACACUUAGGAGUCCGGAGGGGGGAAACUCAAAGGAAGGAAUCGAGAAUUUGGAGAGGGAUAUUAAGCAAGGUUCGGAGAAAGCUUACCAGAAGUUCGGGAAAAUAAUGGGGGUCUGGCGAAAUAAAGACGAGGCCAAGGGACUUAAGACGGGUGAGAGCUCACAAGGAAAGAAAGGGAAAGAGCCUCGCAAAACUCGAGGCCCAGCUUUGGCUUACCAGUAUGGACGAUCUGUAAGAUACUCCACGGCUUAGGUAUAUUAUGAUCACAUCGCUAACACAGUCACAGAUUAUUGUUGAAGAUGAAGAUGGAGAAGUUGUCAAAACAUAUGAAUUACCACCGGACCCAAACACCAAAGGCCCCAGAAACGGUGAACCUGGUGCUGUCCGUCAAGGGAUUACUCGUAUGGGCACAUGGACCGGACUUGGUGGCAGUAAGGCGUCCGCCGACAACCCUAACAAAACAGAUGGUACAAAAUCGGAUCCAUCCCGCCAGGGCAUAACACGAAUGGGUACCUGGAACUUUGGCAAGGCGGCUCCAAAUACCGUCAAUAAAGAAACCGAAGAAGAUGACGAUCGCCGUAUUCGAUUCACCAUUGGAGGAGCAGGACGCCGGCUAACUAAGGAAGAUUUCUUGAAAGAAAUUCAAGGUCUGGACCCCAAAGCAAGGUGCGAAGUUGUUGAAGAAAGCGAUGCACCCAAAGAGAUGAAGGAUCUGGCAAGGAGAGACGCCGAUGAUCAAAUACAGGGAAAUUUACGUCUACUCGAAGCGCAAGAUACGCAGCUAGCUGCUGACGCGCAAACCGCACGAGUGAUUGGGAAACAAAUGGCGAAACAGCAGGGCGCCAGAAUUGAUGUACAGGAUAAUGUCAGAACUAGUGGAGCGGAAAGCGGCACUAAUGAUAUACCCGAGUCAGCUGCGGAGAGGAGAAGAAGGCAUGACGCUUUGAAAGGAGUGGAUGAGGAUGAGGAUGAUGAAGCUAGAGGGCGGGGAAGGGGACGUUCUCCUGUUCGUGACAGCGAGGUUCCCGAAGAAAGAGAAACGGCAGCAGAAAAAAGAAGACGGGAGGCAGCGCUUGGUGAAGGCGUACAGAGUGAUAGCGAUGAUGACGAUACACCGCGAGUGCCGCCACCAGCCGCGCGAAGCAGGGGUAUCAGGUUCGCUCAGAGCCCAGUGAGAGGAAAGAGAUAGUUUUCGAUAAAUUGUGUACAUGCUGGGAGGUCUUAUUGUUUUUGAGAUGAUUUGAUACCUUGUUGUUAUAUUGCUGGGAAAAAUAUUAUGGCUAUACUUGAUGUAAUGUUGCUACGAAAAUAUUGAGACGAUAGAUGGAUCGACUGGCAUGUUUAAAUCAUGAUUGAUGGGUUUUGGGUAAUUUUGAAUAUAAUUUUGAAUGGGUUGUUGAUACAACAUACGAGUACAUAGCAUAGCAUAAUGAUAUAUAUAGAAUGGUAGAAUACCGAUUGGGUAAUUUGUAGAUACGGGUGGUCAUAUCCAGUUUUAGUUUGAGGUUAUAUUAUAGUACGGGAUCGCU